AUGGAGGAAGAGGACGACACGAAGCAAACCCUGUUUAGGAGAAAACGCAAGCAGAGGAAAAGGGAUGGGUGCCGAAUAUGCCGAAAGAAGUAUCGAAAAUGCCUUAACACGUGCUUGACCUGGGAAGUGGUACUGCUGAUGGUGCACAUAUUAGUCUUUCUCAUAAUCAUUUUCAAAUGGGUAAAGGACGGAAAACUGGAUCAGGUGGACAAGAAAUUGUUUAGGACAUACAAAAGUGGGUGUCAUUUUAUGCAGGGGAUUUUAUUCGUCUUGCUUAUUGUGCCCUUUAGAUUUAACAAAAGGGUCGUAAAGUGGAUUUAUAACUUUGCCAUAAAAAAUGAGACCCCCAUGGAUGAUGAGUGCAGACAGAAACCUUACCCGAAUCCGUAUGGCGAUAUUGAACAGAAUAAAAUGGGGGAUUACCUUUCCAAUGAAGAGGGCGAUGAUUCUUGGGUAAGCGAAAAGGGACGUAAAAGGGACUCUGCUAUGCACUCCGCAUUUGGCAGUUUUUAUGAUAAGAAUAGAGAUCACCGGGAAGUGGGCGGCGGGGUAGUAAGCGACGGGGCAGCGGGCAACCAGACAGUGGAUAACCAGACAGUGGAUAACCAGACAGUGGAUAACCAGACAGUGGUCGAGCAUUUUGCAGACGCGAGGGGAAUGGACACAAGUGGAAUGGACACAAGUCAUAUGGACGGAAGUGAAAUGGACACAGGUGAGAUGGACACGGGUGAAAUGGAGACAAAUCAGAUGAAUGGUCAGGAGCAGUUCAGCCGUGUCGGCCGUACUAAUACUCCCAGAGGUGGAGAGGGCAUUGGCCACCAGAAGGGAAACGUUGGAAAAGACACCUCCGGGGAGCGCUUAACCAUGAACAGGCGAAGGAAGGGGAGUGGCAGCAGCGGUAGCCUACGACGUGAACACACAAAGAGAAAAGUCCCCUUGUGCGAAUCUUUCGUUAACAGUUUGGUCUUUCCAGUCAACACCCCAAAACAUACAAAAGAAAAAAUCCAGUACUUCUUCCUGUGCGCAAAGUUGUAUACAAACAAGAGAAGCUCCUUUCUGUUUUUUCUCAAGUAUGUCUCUUCCUUUAUCCUAAUGUUUGGUUAUCCGUUGUACAAUCUAGUGAAGAGGAAGGUACUCCACAGAUAUUUUUACUUCACGUCGUACUACAUGAAUGCAUUCGACUUCGCCUCGGGUCUGCUCCUUGGAUCUCUCUUCGUCUUGGUUUACGGAGUAGUAAAAUUUUUUUCUAGCCUUUAUAUGAACAGAAAAAAUUCCAAAUUUUACUUUUUUGAUAACUAUCCCUUUAUGGGGGAAGUGAAAUGCCUAUGUGAUCAGAACGUCCGCAUCAUUAUACAUAAUAAUCCUCACCUGAAGCCCAUGGCGAUACAGUACCUUAAUUCGUAUGGGAUCUACAAGAGUUUUCUUCUGAUCGGGCUAUUCAUUUUGUUCGUUUUGUGUAUCUUCUCCUUCGUCUUUUCCCUUAACUCGAUGAGUGCCCAUGUGCCGGUUGCGGGAUGA